UAGUCUUGAAUAAAUUCAUCAUUUGGGAGAUCGAAGACUAUCUGUGUUUGUGUUCUUCUUCUUCUGGCUUUCAACUGAAUUGAUUGCUUCUGUUUACACACAUAUAGGAAAAAUGGCUAUGAGAGAUUAUGGAAAAAUGGGUAUGAGAGAUUAUGCAGCUGCUGGUAAAAAGUUGAUGAUCUCUUCUACCACUCUCGGACGAGGUGUUCAGGAGGAGUAUGAAAAGCUUCAGCGUAUUGUAAGAGAGGCCAAAGUGAUACUCAUGGAUUUAGAAUGGCAACAAUUGCGGAGAGGGUUUACUGCUGAUGUAGAUGACAUGUUGGGCCAGAUUACAGUAUUAUAUUGCGAAGCAGAUGACAUGUUGGACGAGUUGUCAUAUGAAGCUCAUGCCACCACGAGAAUUAUUCAAAUGAAGGAGGAGAAGGCUGAUUUGUAUUGCAUGAUCAACAGAAAGGUAUGCAAUAUUAUUAAGUGUAAUUCCUUGUCACUACCUCGUAAAAUCAAGAAUUUCCAACAUGUGUUAGAUAAGAUGAAAAUGGCAUUCCCCGAUAUUGAUUAUUCCCCUGAGGUUCGAAUAAAUAUCGGUGAUAUUGAUUAUGCUUUCCAACAAGUAUAUACAAAUAGAAGGGGAGAUGAAGUAGUAACACUCGGAAGCAGGGCGGAGGAGGACAAAACAAAGAUUGUUAAUAUUAUUAUUAAUAAUCGACAACAAAUGCUCAUCGCUGUCCUCCCUAUACUAGGGGACCCAUUUAUUGGCAAGAAAACACUAGCAAAGCUAGUCUUCGAUGAUGAGCCAAUUAAGUCGCAUUUUGAUCUCAGAUUUUGGGUUGAUCUUGGGUGGUGGUUCAACGUGAGAUGGAUUGUAACAGAAAUAGUUGAACAGUCUCUUAGAAGAAGUAUGGGUGGUGGUGAUUUACAGCACAUGGUAGAAGAGAUUUUGAGUGGGAAAAGGUUUUUACUUGUAUUGACUGACGUGUGCUUCCAGUUCUUCUCAAUAGAACAAUUUAAAGAAAUAUGGGAUAAUUUAAAAACUUUGUUAAGAGUUGGCUCCAAAGGGAGCACAAUUAUUGUUACAACAAGAUAUGGAAACAUUGCGUCAAUAAUGGGGACAAUUCCUCCUUAUGAAUUAAGCGGACUAUCAAAAGAAGAGAGUUGGGCAUUGCUCAGGAGAAAUGUAUUUGGGAGAAGAAGUGCAGUACUGGAGACUCCAGAUCUAGUCAGAAUAGGAUUGGAAAUUGUUAAAGAAUGCCGAGGUUUUCCGUUCGCUUUAACAAUUCUAGGUGCCAUGAUGCGCUUCAAGACAAAUAUACAAGACUGGACAACUAUCCUAAAUACUAUGAAAGCACUACCUAGCAAUGCCAAUUCAGUUAUUAAGUCUGCACUGAAGAUUUGUUAUAAUGACAUGAAGUCACCAUUGAAACGAUGCUUUUCAUAUUGUUCAUUGUUUUCCAUGAAUUUUAUAAUCGAGAAGAAGAAAUUGAUUCAAUUAUGGAUGGCUCAAGGUUUCUUAGAACAAGAAGCAUCAUCAUCAUCAUCAUCCAUUAAUGAUAAUGGUGGUGGAGAUCAUGAUGAUGUAAUAUUAAUGGAAGAGGAGGAUAUAGGUAAUGCAUAUUUUAAAUCAUUGGUGCUCAGGUCUUUCCUUCGAGUUGUCAAAUUCGAUGAUAAUGGUGAACCAUUAGAAUGCACGAUGGAUGCCUCUUUACAUAAUUUCGCACGGGAUAAUUUACUAUUUUUACAUAAUUACGCACAGUAUGAUGCACGAUCAUUUUUGUCUCGGACAUUUGUUGAUAGGCCACAUCAUAAUAUUUAUUAUUAUGAUCGGUUAUCAGAUUUUAAGAGAUUGCGCAUUCUAGAACUCAUACACUUCAACAAAGAUGAGUUGCCAUCCUCAAUUGGAGAGUUAAUACACUUGAGGUAUCUUGAUCUUUCCCAUGGUCGGUUUAAAGCAUUACCCGCUUCCAUUUGCAAACUCUACCAUUUGCAAACUCUGAAGCUAUUACAUUGUAGAUUUCUUCAAAGAUUUCCAAAAGGUUUAGGGCGACUGCGUAACCUUAAAAUCUUGACUUCAUUUAAGGUGGGCAACAUGAAUGUAACCACCGGUGAUGAGGCUGGUAUUGAUGAACUAGGAUGUCUACUACAACUUGGAGGAAGUUUGAGUUUAAUUGGUCUCGACAAUGUGAAAAGUAGAGAAAAUGCUAAAGCAGCAAAUUUGAAGGAGAAAAGAAAACUCCAAGAGUUGACAUUAGAAUGGGAAGCAGAUUGGCAUGUUUGUACCAACGAGGAAAGCAGGAAACAAGACCAUAUAUUGGAGGAGCUCCAACCUCAUCAAAAUCUGUUUCUUCUGAGGAUAGUACGUUUCAGUGGCACCGAGCUCCCUACUUGGUUGAAUAAUGGGAGUUCACAUCUCUCAAAUUUACAGGAACUCUCUAUUUACUCAUGUCACCAUGUGAAGUCUUUGGAUAUGACAGGCUUGAGAUCUCUUCAGAAAUUGAUGAUUUCAUAUUGUGAAAAUCUGGAGUAUGCAGGAGUUGAGGGUCUCAUGCACUUGGAGCUUUUGGAAUUCAAGGGAUGUGAUAAGCUGAAAUCUCUUGGAGUGAAGAAGGGCGCAAAUCAGGAAGAGCAUGAAGUGGGUUCCUUACGAGAUGAACACAUGCACAACAUACCCAAUCUUUGUAGUGCGAAGAUGCGGAUCGAAAGUUGUGAUCGUCUUACAACUUUACCAAAGAAGCUCUUGCAGUCACUGACGACACUGCAUAUAGAAAAUUGUGCAAAUCGAAUGGUUUUGACAACAGGCUUAGAAAACCUUUCGUUGCUUCAUCACUUGCAGAUAGAAAUUUGUCCAAAUCUAAAGAAAUUGCCAGAGGGCAUAGGACAUCUCUCAUCUCUUCAACACUUUACAAUUAGGGAAUGCCCUAAGCUUGAGUCUUUAUCAGAAGAGAUGCAACACUGGAAAUCGCUGCAAAAGCUGAGCAUAGUUGGUUGUGCAUAUCUAUGGGCUCUACCUGGGGGAAUUGCAAAACUUACAUCACUUAAAGAAUUGGAGAUCAAUGGAUGUGAUUCAUUGAUCUCUUUUCCUGACGAGAUGAAAGAAUUGAUGUCGUUACAAAUGCUGAAGAUUGAACAAUGUUCAAAUUUGAGAGCUCUACAGGACGGCCUCGCCAACCUCUCGUUACUAGAGGUAUUGGAAAUUUCGAGUUGCGAUAGGUUGAAGUCUUUGCCUGGAGGGAUGCAACACUUAGCAUCACUAGAUACAUUGAAGAUAAAAGGUUGUGAUAAUCUGGAAAAAUUGCCAGAGGAAUUGGGGAAACCCUCAACCCUUCGUGUGUUGGCUAUAAUUGGUUGUCCCAAUCUAGAAGUUCUACCAGAGGGAUUGAGAAACCUCCAAAACCUCCGUCUGUUGGAAAUAACUGAUUGUUCUAAUCUAACCACUCUACCAGAUGGCUUGGGAGACCUCUCAUCACUUCGAUCUCUGUACAUCCAAAGAUGCCUUAAAUUGACGUCAUUCCCGGAAAAUUUGCAGCAGAUGACAUCCUUACAAGUACUUUGGUUGAUCGAGUGUCCAAAACUAAAAGAUUUGUCCACAAGGUUGGGAUUUCUCUCAGCACUUGAGAAGUUGACCAUCUGGGGAUGUCAUAACCUCAUCAAGCUUUUUCCUGGGGAGGACUUCUUGGGGAUUCAAGUCCUGAACUCAUUACAAGAGCUGAUCAUUUCAAAUUGUUCAAAACUACAAACCCUUCCAUACGGAUUGGAGAAUCUCCCGUCACUUAAAGUGUUGGUUAUUUGGAAGUGCCCCAAAUUGAAGCCUUUCGAGAACGUGGUAACACAACUGAAAGCAAGAAAGUUAAGAAAACUGAACAUAAGAGACUAUCCUUACCUGGAGACCAUAGAUGAUGCAUCUUAAUCCUCUCGUUCACAUCAUCCUUACUCUUCCACACUACAGCAGAGAGGUACUGUUAUUGGGGAAGCUAGGGAGUUGAUGAAUCUGUGGAUCAUCCAAAGAAGCGAGGAGAUGAAGAAAUUGGUACAGAGCAACUUCAUGUUUUGAAAAUGGCUAGCAUUCCUUCAGACAGCACUAGUACGAGUGGGACAGAUCUGGCCUGUUGUCCCACGUACGAAACAAGGUCAUAAUAGGGCCAUUGAAACAAUGUCAAUGCAGUCUGGACAGAAGAAGAGAGUAGACCUCAAUAAGCACCAUCAGGGCAUUCGUCAUAUAACACCCUGAUUCAUUACUUGAAUGGGAACUAUCGUAAGGAACAGUUUUGUGCUUUCUUGUAAUUAUCCCGACUGGUGGAAAGUGCCAGAGCACUUUGGAAGAAAAUGCAGGAGAAAUAUGAAAUUGAUGUUGUUGGUAAGAAAUGGGUCUACAGUGGAAGGCCUUUAAGCUCAAAUGGAAGGCUGAUAUAUUUGAUAGAUGUGAUGGCUACGAGUUAAUUGAGAAAUGUGAUACUUGUGUCCCACUAGAUCAAUGGAAAGAGCUCAUAACUAUGUGGCAGAAUGAGAAAAAUGAGAGGGCCCUGAAGGUGAGGAGCCUUCAAGGUUCAAGAUGUUUAUGAUUAGACAUAAGAAGAAGAACAGACAGCCGUUAGAUGGGGCUUCACAAGAAACAAUGACAAAGCUCAAUGAUGAGUUGAGUCAGUUGCUCUGAAAUAAGAAAUUACAAAGCAAUCAAAGAAGGCAUCUUCACGUUCAGGUGCGCCUGGUCGGAGUUGGAGUAAGCCCAAAGGACCUUGGACUAACAAAAAUGCGCCAGAACACAAAGUUGCAGUGUCAAAUGGCAGAGUUGAGGCAAGAAAUGGUGGAAGAAAGAAAGAAGUUGAUGGAAGCACCGGUAGAAGUAAGAAAGAAGAUGAAGCACAUGCUGGAAGACGAAAAGUA